CUUUUGCGACGCAGUGACAGCCAAAUGGUGCGACAGGAGAAGCUGCAGCUGCGGCCGUAGCGCCCCGCACCGAGAAUCUUGAGGCGGCUCCUGGCGUCGCCCGGAGGGAGCAACUGAGUGAACAGAAUCAGGCGCGGGCGGGCGGGCGGCGGCAGCGGCAGAGGCGGCGGGCGGCGAGGGGGAGCCCGCUACGAGUGCCCUCGCUCCCCGCCGCUCUCCAUGAACCGGGCGAAAUAAGCCGCACCUCCAGCAGGGGCUGCGCCUCCAUGAAUCCCUAGGUUUUUUUUUUUUUUUCUUUCUUUCUUUCUUUCUUUCCCCGCUCCUCAGCCCCCGCCCGGGGUCCCGUCCCGCCUUCUCCCUUCGCCAGCGGCGGCCGCGGCCAGGUGCGGAGUCCAGAGCGGAGCGCAAUGGCGUCCAACCCCGAACGGGGGGAGAUUCUGCUCACGGAGUUGCAGGGAGAUUCCCGAAGUCUUCCAUUUUCUGAGAAUGUGAGUGCUGUUCAAAAAUUAGACUUUUCAGAUACUGUGGUACAGCAGAAAUUGGAUGAUAUCAAGGAUCGAAUCAAGAGAGAAAUAAGGAAAGAACUGAAAAUCAAAGAAGGAGCUGAAAAUCUGAGGAAAGUCACAACAGAUAAAAAAAGCUUGGCUUACGUGGACAACAUUUUGAAAAAGUCAAAUAAAAAACUAGAAGAACUUCAUCACAAGCUACAGGAACUAAAUGCACAUAUUGUUGUUUCAGAUCCAGAAGAUGUUACAGAUUGCCCAAGGACUCCAGAUACUCCCAGCAGUGACCCUCGUUGUUCCACUAGUAAUAAUAGAUUGAUGGCCUUACAAAAACAAUUGGAUAUAGAACUUAAAGUAAAACAAGGUGCAGAGAACAUGAUACAGAUGUAUUCAAAUGGAUCUUCCAAGGAUCGGAAACUCCAUGGCACAGCUCAGCAAUUGCUCCAGGACAGCAAGACAAAAAUAGAAGUGAUUCGAAUGCAGAUUCUUCAGGCAGUCCAGACCAAUGAAUUGGCUUUUGAUAAUGCAAAACCUGUCAUAAGUCCUCUUGAACUUCGGAUGGAAGAAUUAAGGCAUCAUUUUAGGAUAGAGUUUGCAGUAGCAGAAGGUGCAAAGAAUGUAAUGAAAUUACUUGGCUCAGGAAAAGUAACAGACAGAAAAGCACUUUCAGAAGCCCAAGCAAGAUUUAAUGAAUCAAGUCAGAAGUUGGACCUUUUGAAGUAUUCAUUAGAACAAAGAUUAAAUGAACUUCCCAAGAAUCAUCCCAAAAGCGGUAUUAUUAUUGAGGAGCUUUCACUUGUUGCAUCACCAACACUAAGUCCACGUCAAAGUAUGAUAUCCACACAAAACCAAUAUAGUACACUAUCCAAACCAGCAGCACUAACAGGUACUUUAGAAGUUCGUCUUAUGGGCUGUCAAGAUAUUCUAGAGAAUGUCCCUGGACGGUCAAAAGCAACAUCAGUUGCACUACCUGGUUGGAGCCCAAGUGAAACCAGAUCAUCAUUCAUGAGCAGAACAAGUAAAAGUAAAAGUGGAAGUAGUCGAAAUCUCCUAAAAACCGACGACUUAUCCAAUGACGUGUGUGCAGUUUUGAAGCUAGAUAAUACUGUGGUUGGUCAAACGAGCUGGAAACCCAUUUCCAAUCAGUCAUGGGACCAAAAGUUUACACUGGAACUGGACAGGUCACGUGAACUGGAAAUUUCAGUUUAUUGGCGUGAUUGGAGAUCUCUGUGUGCUGUAAAAUUUCUGAGGUUAGAAGAUUUUUUAGACAACCAACGGCAUGGCAUGUGUCUCUAUUUGGAACCACAGGGUACUUUAUUUGCAGAGGUUACCUUUUUUAAUCCAGUUAUUGAAAGAAGACCCAAACUCCAAAGACAAAAGAAAAUUUUUUCAAAACAACAAGGCAAAACAUUUCUCAGAGCUCCUCAGAUGAAUAUUAAUAUUGCCACAUGGGGAAGGCUAGUGAGAAGAGCUAUUCCUACAGUAAAUCACUCUGGCACCUUCAGCCCUCAAGCUCCUGUGCCUGCUACAGUGCCAGUAGUUGAUGUACGCAUCCCUGAACUAGCACCUCCAGCUAGUGAUUCUACAGUAACCAAAUUGGACUUUGAUCUUGAACCUGAACCUCCUCCGGCCCCAACACGUGAUUCUUCUCUUGGAGAAAUAGAUGAAUCUGCUAAAUUAAGAGAUUCGGAUACACCAGGACAGGGUUCAGAAACUGUCUUUAAUAUUGAGAAUGACAGAAAUAGUAUACUUCCAAAAUCUCCAUCUGAAUAUGAGCCUGAUAUUCCUCAACCAGGCCUAGGAUACAGUGGUAUUCGAGAACUUGAGGAUAGAAGAUCCCAACAGAUGUUUCAGUUUAAUCUACAAGACUUCAGAUGUUGUGCUGUCUUGGGUAGAGGACAUUUUGGAAAGGUGCUUUUGGCUGAAUAUAAACACACAAAUGAGAUGUUUGCUAUAAAAGCCUUAAAGAAAGGAGACAUUGUGGCUCGAGAUGAAGUAGACAGCCUGAUGUGUGAAAAAAGAAUUUUUGAAACUGUGAAUAGUGUAAGACAUCCCUUUUUGGUGAACCUUUUUGCAUGUUUCCAAACCAAAGAGCAUGUUUGCUUUGUAAUGGAAUAUGCUGCCGGUGGGGACCUAAUGAUGCACAUUCAUACUGAUGUCUUUUCUGAACCAAGAGCUGUAUUUUAUGCUGCAUGUGUAGUUCUUGGAUUGCAGUAUUUACAUGAACACAAAAUUGUUUAUAGAGAUUUGAAAUUGGAUAACUUAUUGCUAGAUACAGAGGGCUUUGUGAAAAUUGCUGAUUUUGGUCUUUGCAAAGAAGGAAUGGGAUAUGGAGAUAGAACAAGCACAUUUUGUGGCACUCCUGAAUUUCUUGCCCCAGAAGUAUUAACAGAAACAUCCUAUACAAGGGCUGUAGAUUGGUGGGGACUUGGUGUUCUUAUAUAUGAAAUGCUCGUUGGUGAGUCUCCCUUUCCUGGUGAUGAUGAAGAGGAGGUUUUUGACAGUAUUGUAAAUGAUGAAGUAAGGUAUCCAAGGUUCUUAUCUACAGAAGCCAUAUCAAUAAUGAGAAGGCUAUUAAGAAGAAAUCCUGAGCGGCGCCUUGGAGCUGGUGAGAAAGAUGCAGAGGAUGUAAAAAAGCACCCAUUUUUCCGGCUAAUUGAUUGGAGUGCUCUCAUGGACAAAAAAGUCAAGCCACCAUUUGUACCUACCAUUAGAGGACGAGAAGAUGUUAGCAAUUUUGAUGAUGAAUUUACCUCAGAAGCACCUAUUCUGACUCCACCUCGAGAACCAAGGAUACUUUCAGAAGAGGAGCAAGAAAUGUUCAGAGAUUUUGACUACAUUGCUGAUUGGUGUUAAAUUCCUAGAUACUGUGAAACCAAGCAAACUGACUCACAAGAAGACCUCUUAACAAUAGCAACCCUUCAUUUGCUCUCUGUGCCACCAGUAGCUUCUGAGUUUUUUGUUUAAACACAUGAAGAUUUCUUAAAAGACUAUUCUAAAAUCUUCUUGAAAGUGGCUUCUUAAUGUAUUUUCAACGUAAAUCUGAGCACUGGAAACAGUUUCAUGGAGUUUAAGUGAAAUGAACAUUGGCCAUGAAUACCUAUCACAAAUGAAUACUUUUGGAUCAAUAGUCUAUUUAAAAAGAAAAGAAAAAAGAACCCCACUCUUCCACAGUCCCUAGCUAUGCCUUAAGUGAAAGGAAGAUUAAUCAUUUCACUGCACUUAGCUAUAUUUUACAAAAAGAACAAAAGGGCUUGGGAUGUUACUACUAUUUACAUAUAGUAAUUCUGUUUGAAUAAGGCAAAUGCUCUUUUUUUAAUGAAAUAACUGUAAUAUUUUAAAAAGUGCACAUUUUUUGGCUUUUUAAAAAAAAUGAAUUGAUGUCUUGUUUUGUAAAUUUUCUAUAUUUAUUAGGAAAAAAAUUUUUAUUGCCUUAUCUUUACCAACCAUGUUACAGAGCCUCAUAGCUUUCCAACAUAGCUACCUGCCAAACAAUUUUUUUGUUCAUUAAACCAUGCUGAAACAAACAGGAACAACUAAACAUCAGCAUUCACUUAAAAUUUUAAGAAUGAGGACUUCUGAUUAGCCUGAACCAAGAUACUGUAUUACCUGUAUGCAUUCCCAAAGUCUAGACACUUGAUAUGUUCAAUCAUACCUUCUUCCAAAAUCAAUGAACUAAUUACUCCUUUUUUGAUAUUCAUCGUACAUUUAUCAACCCAGUUUAUCUUGUUCUUGUGUCUACUGUAGAAGAGAACUAUAUCUGUUAAAACAUGGGGAUUAUCAUUGUAUACAUGCUGUGAACAUGUAUAUGUGUAAGUUGUAAUGUAUUCUAUGUUGUAGGUUUAUUAUUUAAUUUCACCACUUCAUCACUUUUGUACGGUGGCCAAGCAGACGCCUCAAACUCCAGCAUUUACGUUAAGUGCAUUUGUACAUUUUAGGCCACUGGAUCCAGAUUUUAUAUUGGCAGUUACUGAGGGCAAAAGCAAUAUAUUGUAACAGAAUGUAUAAAUAUUUUUGAUAAAACAGUCUAUAUUUUAUAAAAACUAUUAUAACACUAAAGCUGUACCUCAAAAGUCUCAAAAAUAAUUUGAUCAAAUACUUUUUACAACUUUACAGAGGAUCCAUUUGUGGCUUUUUUAAUGCUGUUAUAGGAAGCCGUGACUCUUCCACUUGCCUGGAGUUUUUUGUUUUUUUGUUGUUGUUGUUAGUUUUUGCACUCUUUUCCUCCUAGUCUACAACUUUACUCUUUUUCCUUAGUUCAAUAAUAACAUCUUUGAUUCUGUGCUAAGCACAUUAGGGUCAUCAUAUCUCAGGAAUAGCAAAUUGUUAACUAACUAUACUAAAUUCACCAUUUAAUCACAGUGAUCUCAUGUCUUAAAAAUUGUUCAAAUUUAAAUUCUAUGAGAAGCAUAAAAGCACAUUGAUUUAUAGAAAGUUUAUAUAUAUUUCAGCCUUGCUAGGUAUGUUGGCAUGUUUUUGUGUACUCUAAGAACAAUUAAAAUUGUUCAGAGGUAAUUCAUAUUUCCUUCCAAAUUAAUUCUUACCCAAGAUUCCUUGGGGGAGAAUCUUAAAGAAACAGGGAGCAGUAUGUUUUAAAGUUAUUUUAAAAUGCCAGUUAACUUCUUUGUUAAAGGACAGUAGAGGAUCUUAGCUUUAUCCAGCUUUAAUUUACAGUGUUAACACAACAUGAGAAAAACACUAAAUACUUUUGAGGUACAGUCUGCUCACCAUUUCUGGUUCUCAAAUAUGCAUAGAAAGCAAUGUCUAAAAUAGGCUUUUAGUAUUAAAAACUGACAUAGCAUUUUGUAACUACACAGUGUACAGAAAUUUUUUUUUUAAUUGAAGUCAAUCACUAAAAAAAUUAGAGGGCAGGGUAUAUCACACAAUUAAGCUGAAGAAAGCACUAAUAUUUUCUGUAGUUUUUAAAAUAUAUAUAUAUUUUAGUCAGAUUUUAAAAUUUUAAACUCUAUAGAGUGUAAAUAUAUUUUGCUAUUACUGUAUGUGUAAGUGACUGCUCAAGCACUUUGUAAGGAAAUUAUUAGUAUAUUUUAGAAUGGUACACUAUGCAUUCAAAUGAAAUGUGCCUUUAUGUCAUUCUAAGAAAGAAGUGUUUUGCAGUCAUAAAUUACCACAAAUGCACAAAUUAAAGUUUAAAUAGAUUAUAA